UUAAUUUGCAUUUGCACCCCGUUUCUAGUACUGAUGCGGAUAGAUCCAACCUCUUUAUUUAUCUCUUAAUUUAUUUAAAUUUAAUAUUUUAUCUUAUUUAGUUUCCUUUUGAAUUACAAUUCCUAUCAUAUAAAUAGGAUGUCUAGGGUUUAUGUUUGAGUCAGUUUUUGAUUGAAUUUUAAUAGAAAAGAACGUUGUUCUUGGAACCUUUGGUUCGAUUUAUCGUCUUUGGUUAAUCGAUUGUUCUUGAGCCAUUUGAGUACGCUUCCGAUCCGUAUCAUUUGGUAUCAGAGCUUUUGGUUUUCAAAUGGCUCUACGUGGAAAAGAAGAAACUUUCGUUCGUAGAUUCGCCGCCGGAGGCAACGACGGAGUUCCUUUUAAUCCGCGAGGAUAUGGUGAUCAUUCUCGUAGAUUCGCCGCCCGAGGCAACGAGAUUGUGGAUCAUGAAAACUUUCGUGAAUCAUGUGAUGGUUAUCAUCCCCGUAGAUUCGCCGCCCGAGGCAACGAGGAUCCUGACCCUAUCUAUGAUUCUUUUCCCGUAUUUGAUGAGUAUGAGGAUGAUGUGUGGUAUGCUUGGGCAACCGGUGGUUCAUAUCGUUGUGGUUUCGAUGAAGCCGUGAGAUUGAAUGAGAAUUCUUUGAGUCCGAAGAUCGCAGAUGGGUCGACCAAGAGAGGUGAUCUGGUGGCUAUGGAAAUUCCACAUAUUGAGCCGAAAAUCAUGGGAAAGUUGGAUGAUUAUUCGCUAAACAAGCAACCUGGUUAUAUGAAAAUUCAAAAUAAGGAAAAGAUUCUACGUGGGCUCUCAAUUAAUAACAAUAGAUUAGUGGAUUGUGGUGUCCCAACAACAAUGAAAGAUCCAUACAAGGCUGCCAACAUUGUUGUUUUUUCUACAGGUCCGAAUGCAAUAACAAAGGCCCAAGUCUUGCAAAUUAAAUCUAAAAUGUUCCCCGAUUUGGGUUCUAAAAUACAAUUCGGUACGAUUCCUCAUGUCCAUGGUUUACAACUACGUGGUCAUCUAGUUAGAGCGGAUUUAUUUAAGCUGGUCAAAUUAAAUAUGAACGAGGUACAACUUGAUGUUCCUUUUGAUCCUGGUGGCUUUGGUUCGAAGACAAAACUCGAGGACGAGUUUUUUUGAAGACGGGGAGAAUGAUGCGGAUAGAUCCAACCUCUUUAUUUAUCUCUUAAUUUAUUUAAAUUUAAUAUUUUAUCUUAUUUAGUUUCCUUUUGAAUUACAAUUCCUAUCAUAUAAAUAGGAUGUCUAGGGUUUAUGUUUGAGUCAGUUUUUGAUUGAAUUUUAAUAGAAAAGAACGUUGUUCUUGGAACCUUUGGUUCGAUU